CCGCCGCGGACCCCGGUGACGGGAGCUGCCGCUUGCUGCCAGGAGCCGGCUUCGCCGACCCCAAACCGGAGCCGGCGUUGAAACCGGAGCAAGAGGAGGACUCGCCCGUCCUGGAGCCCUGGGACGAUAGCGACGGGGGCGUCCUGGAUGUCCCCUGCGCAGCUCUUCCAUGCUGCGCGCAGCCUGUGCCGGACACGGUCGCCGAGCUGCUCCUGGUCGCCAGCCACCUGCUCCAGGCUUGGAACCGGCGCGCCAAGCGGCGCUUCCUGGCCUUCCGGGCGCUGCUGAAGUGCGGGCGGGCGCUGAACCUGGAGGACGAGGACGACACGCUUGUGGAGGACUGGACGGACAUGAUGCACGUGGCCAUCGCGGCCCAGUCGCCCUGCGUGGACCGGCGCUUCUGGAGCAAGGGCACCGACUCGGCCUGGUGGGACUACGCGGUGCUGCAGACGUGGGACGACCAGCAGUGGCUGCAGAGCUUCCCCAUGUGGAAGCAGACCUUUGUGGAGCUGUGCGAGGAGCUGGCCCCGGCCCUGCAGCGCCAGAGCACGCAGUUCAGGGACCCCAUCCCUGUGCAGAAGCGGGUGGCCGUGGCGCUCUGGAAGCUGGCCACCACGGACUGCUACCGCUCCGUGGGCGCCCAGUUUGGCGUGGGCAAGUCCACGGUGGGGCUGGUGGUGAUGGAGGUGUGCAACGCUAUCCUCAGGGUGGUGUAUCCGCGGGCCGUCGCCAUCCGGCACGUGCCCGACGUCAUCGCCGCCUUCCACAGGAUGGGCUUCCCCAGCUGCGCGGGGGCCCUGGAUGCCACGCACGUGCCCAUUGCCUGCCCGCCACGUGGGGCCGGCGAGUAUGCCAACGGCAAGGGCUACUAUUCCCUGGUUCUGCAGGCCUUGGUGGACCACCGGGGCCGGUUCAUGAACACCAAUGUGGGCAGUGCCGGCAGCGUGCACGAUGCCACGGUCCUCCGACGCUCGGGUGUCUACCUGCUCGGGCAGGCCGGGACCCUCUUCCCACGGUGCGAGGUGGUGAUGGGCAAUGGGGUGCCGGUGCCCACCGUGGUGGUGGGGGACCCCGCCUACCCCCUCCUGCCCUGGCUCAUGACUCCGUACCCCGAGCCCCUGGACCCCGGGAAGAGGCACUUCAAUGAGGCGCUGGAUGGCUGCCGGCUGGUGGCAGAGCGUGCCUUCGGCCGGCUCAAGGCCCGGUGGUGCUGCCUGCAGAACCGCCUGGACGCCAGCGUGGCCAAUGCCGUGCGCAUGACCGUGGCCUGCUGCGCCUUGCACAAUGUCUGCGAGACCAAGGGCGAGGGUUUCUGCCUGCGCUGGAGCCAGGACAGCCAGGGCACACUGAGCCGAUUCCCCCAGCCCGAGAGCGCACCCAUCAACGUGGGCUCCAGCCCCCGUGAAGCCCGGGCUAUCCGGGACGCCAUCUGCAGCCACAUGCUGGCCACGCAGGGCGGCGUGAGCGAGUAGUGGAUUGCAAAGGUGAGCACAAUUCCCGCGGGGAGGCUGGUGGCGUUCGUUCCCUCGGCCCCUCUGUACGGUGUGUAGUUUGGAUAGACUAGAGUGCCAGGGCGGCGGGGCAGUGCUGGGCAUCCUGGGGACACCAUAACCUGGCUCACCCGCUGGCCCGCAUCGAGAUGAGGCCUUCCCUGGCUUUCCGUGUGCAUGCUGUGGCGUCUGCACCUGUCCAUCUCAGCUCCCGGGGGCCUGGGUAAUUUAAUUCUCAGACUGCUCUGUGCUUUUUGAUACUUUAUUAAAAACCUCU